UACAGCCACACACACCUCUCGCGCCAAAGCUCGAUAUGUCUCUGUGAGCUUCGAGUUAUGAAAUUUGGAUUUCAUUUGUGCUAAUAUCCGUGAUACGUUUACGUUUUCUUAAAAUAAUGCCUGGACUUUGAGUAUUCUCAUUUACAGAAAAUCGUUGUGUUGACAAUAGUUCGUUUUCAAAGGAGCUGCGGCGGUAAUCUCUGUGUUCUAAGAAACUCACUUCGGUAUUUCAUAUAAAUCACAGAAGGUUUCAUGAUUGGUAUUUAACCCGCCUAUGUUUAACAUUGCAAAUAUGCCGCCACCAAGAACACCCCAAGGCACGUAGCAUUAUAAUGAGUGACAUAGGAGUGAAUACAUAAUAGACGACUAAAUGGAAGAGAAUGAAGAAGAGGGCAUGAUGGAUGGCUUCACGGCAGAGGACAUGGGCCUCUCCGGCAGCAACAGCACGGAAGGCGCGGCCGGGAGCGAGCCUAUCCUUGGAGACGCCGAAGAAAUUGGAAGGAGGGAGAAAGCGUGCGAGGAGCUGCACACGCAAAUGCCUCUGCCCGACCCCGCUCUCGGCCCCUACUGUCCACGCACAUUUGACGGCUGGUCAUGUUGGAAUGACACGCCGGCUGGAACAAGAGCCUUCGUCCAGUGUCCAGAUUUUAUCCCAGGAUUUGAUCCAGAUCGUAAAGGCCAUAAGGACUGCGAAGAAGGAGGACAAUGGUUUUCUGAUCCGCGAACAAAUCGAACUUGGUCCAAUUACACCACCUGCGUGGAUAUGAGCGUCCUAAAGUUCCAUCAAGGAGUUAACACCGUCUACAUUUCCGGAUACUCAGUAUCACUCAUUGCACUCUGCAUUUCACUCUUCAUCUUCUUUUACUAUAAAUCACUCAACUGCAAAAGAGUAACCAUUCAUAAGAAUUUAUUUCUUAGCUUCAUCAUCAACAACAGUAUGUGGCUGAUGUGGUUUUUCUUUGUGGUCAAUGACCCGGCUGUCGUCAACAAGAAUGGAACCGGAUGUCAAGUGUUGCACGUGUUCCUCCACUACUUCAUGGUGUCCAACUAUUUCUGGAUGUUCUGCGAGGGCCUGUACCUGCACACGCUGCUCGUGGUGGCUUUCGUAGCCGAGGACAAGAUCAUGAAAUGGUUCUACCUGCUCGGCUGGGGCGCCCCCGCCGUGUGCGCCGUCGCCUACGGCGUCGCGCGGGGAAGCGACGCCGAGCGGAGCAUGCACUGCUGGAUGGAAGAUAGCGAUUACAACUAUAUCCUCAAUGUUCCUGUGGUGGUCUCCAUGCUGCUUAAUCUGUUCUUCCUUGUCAAUAUCGUACGAGUCCUUGUCACCAAACUGAGAGCUGUCAACACUGCCCCUCAUACCAACUCGACCAAAAAGGCUGUUCGAGCGACCCUCAUUC